UAUUUCGUACAUUAACGCAAUAAAAUGUUUUUAAAUUUGAAAACAGACAUGUUAAAUUACAAAAUUUACAAUUAUUGCCAGUAGUGGCAAUUUUGCCGCUGUUAAGCUUAUCGAGUCUAAUGACUCAUUCACAUACAACUUUCCACACUCUGCUUGACAAAUCAUAGCUAAACAACGAAGCGAAGAAAGCAACGGGUAUGCCAGAAUGAACGCUUUGUUUUCCGUGCUAAUCGAUAAUAAAAAUGGACACUGUUGCUUGGCAAAGUGUAAAAAGAGGAGAGUUGCCCAACAUGUUGUCGCGUUUCGCUGCGAUGUGAACGUACUCUUACAAAACUUCACAUCGAACUUUUCUGUCAAAACUAAUGUCUGACGCAAAGCAAAGCAAAAGUAUGAAGACAAUGUAAACUCUACAUACAUAGCUAUGUGAUGAAAUUAUUCAAGCAAAUGUUAGGCGAUUUUGAGUGAUACCGGCUAUGAUAUGGGUUUUCGGUUCGCAAGUCAUUUAUGUCGCAAGUCACGCAUUCGCCCAUUCAAAGGCAAACUCGUUGUAGCAUGGUACACUGUGUACGCAACACAAACAAACGAAGUACUUAGCGGAUACUAAAAUAAUACAUUAUGGAAAGAAAAUUGCACAGUGGAAUUCAUCAUCCAACCUUGCGAAUGCUGCAAGAAUCAGGGUGUGAAAUAACUCCACACAAUUUAAUGUACCCGAUAUUUUUGAUAAGCGAUGACGAUGCAAUCGAACCUAUUAAAAGUAUGCCAGGUCAAUCACGAAUGGGCGUUAAUCAAUUACGGAAGUUUAUCGAACCGCUAAUACCCAGAGGACUCUCUUCAGUACUUCUUUUUGGUGUUGUAGAUUCUUCGUUGAAAGAUGAUCGAGCUAGUAAUGCAGACUCCGAUGUAAAUCCGGUAAUACGAGCAUUACCUCUGUUGAGAAACUGGUUUCCAAAUCUUUUAAUAGCUUGUGACGUAUGUCUAUGUCCGUACAUGAAACACGGACAUUGUGGUAUACUUGGUGAAAAUGGACUUUUGAACGCACAGAGCAUUGACCGUUUGGCAGAGGUUGCUGUUUCCUAUGGAUUUGCGGGAGCACAUAUUGUAGCCCCUUCGGAUAUGAUGGAUAAUCGUAUUCGUGCAAUUAAAGAAGCCUUGAUAGCAGCAAACUUGGAAAAUAGAGUAUCUUUAUUGUCAUAUUCUGCGAAAUUUGCCUCGAAUUUCUACGGUCCUUUUCGCGAUGCAGCAAAGUCUGCGCCAGCGUUCGGUGAUCGUCGUUGCUAUCAACUUCCUAGUGGCUCCAAGGGUCUGGCUAUUAGGGCAGUUCAUAGGGAUGUUAUGGAAGGAGCAGAUAUGUUGAUGGUUAAACCAGGCAUGCCAUAUCUUGAUAUAUUGCGUCAAACAAAAGACACUUAUCCAAGUCAUCCGUUGUAUGUAUAUCAGGUCAGUGGUGAAUAUUCUAUGCUACAUUUCGCUGCUGAGAAUGGUGCGUUUGAUUUAAAAGAUGCUCUAAUGGAGACGAUGAAAGGAUUUCGUCGAGCAGGAGCUGAUUGCAUUAUAACGUACUUUACUCCUACCUUGUUAGAUAUAUUGUCAGAACUCAAAUAGCAUAGAAUUAAGUUUACUUUUAAAUGUGUAUGUACAUUUAUUAAUACCAAAAUAUCUAUGUAUGAUCAUUUUAUUAUGUUGAUUGUCGAAAGUUAAAAACAAAAACCGUAAAACUACUGAUAAACAAA